GGACGAGUGACAUGGUGACUUUCAGGCCUGGAUGGUUGAUGCGAUUUAGCCCCUCGUCAGCCUGUAGGCGGAUUCAUCAUUCGUCCUUCUAUCCAAUUGUUCCCGCUGAAGCAUCACCACUAUUGUGCCGUCGUUCGCAGUGCAUCGCAAAGUUGACAGUACAAACCGAUCUUGCUUAACUGCGAGGUGGAAAGAAUCAUUCCUCGUUGAACGUCCAACCUACCUCACCACAUAUCCCAAAACUUCAUCACAAUGGGCGGCGGUCCCCAAGUUCCCUACCCCAAACACGUCUGGUCGCCUUCGGGUGGUUGGUACGCCCAGCCGGCCAACUGGAAGAAGAACACGGCUGUUCUCGGUGGCGUCGUCUUCCUCAUCACUGCCGCAGUCUGGAAGCUUAGCGCCGAGAAAGAGUACCGUCACAAGAUGCCCGAGCCUGGUCGCUUUUAUCCCAGCAGAUACUGGAGCAGACAGAUUAUCGAGUAUGAGCGGGCGCAAAAGGAGAACGGGACGACACAGGAGAAAAAGUAAAUUUGGGCAUAGGCCCUGCCACCCCGGCCGUUUGGUCAUACAGUACAUGGCUUCCAAAGGCUUGAUGGAAUAACAGGACAUCUUGGCUUGGUUGAGGCCGGCCGGUUGGUGGUAGUAAUGCAAUAUUCGGAAUACAUUCAACGUCGGUUACCCUCCGCUGGCCGUCUUGCGUUGGUGCUCCAGAGCCUGGCUACGUCGUGAAUAAAGCUAACUUUGAUGUGGAUCAGUUCUGUAAUGGAUUAUAGAGGAAACUACCUCUAUUCUUACCGUUUCGUACUAUUGGCGAAUACUAGUGAACUCACAGAGAAGAGCCCACCUUCCAUGACUUUGAAUCGUGAACAUGCCUUAACAAUGUUCUUCGCAUGUUUUGGUGUAAACGCAAG